UUUAAUUUUAAUGAAAAUCUGUAAAAUUUAACUCGUUUUUGUUAUUUCACAUGUUUAAAAUUAGUAAUUUUAUUACUACUAUUCUUCCGAGUCAGUGUUUUUUAUCAGGUAAAAUCUUCAAGAGUAUCAUAUCAUGUUCAACAAUGGCCGUUGACAAUGACUGGAAAGGGGUCCCUAUGUCCCAUAUCAUAGGGUCCCAAUCCCCCUGGGGGGCUCCAGAGUUCCCACUUGUCCAGCCGGGGUUUAACCAUGCAGUUCUGUACCAUAUACCAGGUAGCGGUACAACGUUGGACCGUCCUCCAAAGCCACAGAUUGGUAAGGAUAAAUGGGACCAAGAGCAUGUGAGGAUGCCUUUCUCUAAAGAGAGCCUUUAUCCAGUUCCAAAUGGUGCUGGUAAAAGUGACCUGAGGAGUCGAUGGGAGAUGAUACAGGAUGCUCUCAAUAAGCCCAUAAGGAAUACUGAAGAGCUUGCGGACACAAUACUCACUUACAACACACAAUUCAAGGACAGAUGGGGAUUCCGCUCUUUGCAUAAGUUGUUUGAGUUGUUGGAUGAAGACGAAUCGCAAUAUUUCUUUGAUGUCACUUUGCCUGAAAUAGCUAAACUUGCUCUGGCUCUGCCAAAGUUGGUGCAAUCACCUAUACCUCUGUUGAAACAACAUAAAAAUCGCUCUGUGUCACUGUCGCAGCAACAGAUAUCAUCGCUGUUGGCGAACGCGUUCUUCUGCACCUACCCCAGAAGAAAUACGCAUAAGAAAGAUGCAGAGUAUUCCUCAUAUCCUUUCAUCAAUUUUAAUGCUUUGUACAACUGCAGCCCUUCCGCACACGUAUUGGAAAAAAUUAAGUGUUUGUGUCACUAUUUCAGGCGGGUCUGCCAAAAAGUACCGGUGGGGGUAGUCACCUUCAGUCGACGCUCAGUGCCGCCGCGGACACAACCACACUGGCCGAGCAGCGACAAGCUACUGAGCGAGUUGCCGGUGCACGUUGACCCUCAGGACACAAUAGAGGACGCGCACGGGUUGAUCCAAGUAGACUUCGCUAACAAAUAUCUAGGCGGUGGUGUGUUGGGCAAUGGCAGCGUACAAGAGGAGAUCAGAUUCGUGAUAUGCCCGGAACUCUUAAUAUCAAUGCUCUUCACAGAAUACAUGAGACCAAAUGAAGCGUUGAUAAUGAUAGGUUGCGAGCAAUUCAGCACAUACACGGGGUAUGGGCAUAGUUUCCAAUGGCUCGGGGACUAUACAGACGAUUGUCCGUACGACUCAUCGGGAAGGCGACGCUGUGCCGUACUAGCCAUAGACGCUUUGCCCUUCCAUAGCCAACUGCAAGAACAUCGCAAAGAGGCCGUCGACAGAGAGCUCAAUAAGGCCUGGGUGGGCUUCUCUUUCUUCACACCAGAUGACCCCGGCUUAAACUACCCCGGGGUGGCCACGGGGAAUUGGGGCUGCGGGGCCUUCGGGGGGACCGCGGCCCUAAAGUCUCUCAUACAGAUGAUGGCACUAACUCAAGCAGGCCGACCCAUGGCGUACUACACGUUUGGGGACGUCAAACUGAGAGACGACAUCAUGCGGGUGUACAAUACGCUGGCGAGGCACAACGUUACUGUCGGUGGCCUGUACGGACUGAUAUUGGAAUUCUUUAAAACUGACGUAUUGAAGUCUAGUGUUUAUAAAUAUUUGGAGAAAGUUUUGGAUUGCAAAGAUUCCUCGAGCCUCAGCCAACCGUCGAAAAGUAAACGGCCCGAAUCUAUUGAUCUUAAUGCUGAAACGGAGCAGUACGAAAUACUUCCUACAGUGGACCUGGCUCAAGAUGCAUCACCGGACCUGUUCGAUGAAGAUGAUUCACAAUUCAUAACACCUGCGAAACUUAAAGUUAGCGUGAACAAUGAAAAUAGCCAAAAAUACAUUGAAGGCGACAAAAUGGCCGUGACAGAACCCAAAACGCCGACUAGUUCCAAAAAAAUAAACGACACUGAUCAUAAUAUAUCUGCCAAUACCAAGAAAACGGAUCACAAAGCAUUUGACAGUUCGCACAAAAUGGCGGACCAAAGAAUGUCAACGAGUCCAGUUCAAAAGGCAGAAAAUGACAAAUCAGUGAAUCACACUUCCCGGUUAUUCGACGAAAUGGAGAAAUUAGAUGAAAAAAGUGGCAAAUUGAAUCAAAAAAUUCCAAUAAGUUCUAUUUUCGGUCAGAAAUCCAAAAAGAUAAGACCGAUAGAAAACAUAAAGACAUCUGAUCCAACGCCAAUAUCGUUUGGUGCUAUGGAUGCGUUAGAUGAAAGUCCGCAUAAUUCUUUAUCUCGGAACACAAGUAAACACACAGAAAAGGGGGAACACAGCAAAACAUCUAACUUGACUUCAAGGCUGUUUGAUGAAAUGGAGAAAUUAGAUGAAGAUAGUGGAAAAUUGAACUUAAAAAGUCCGCAGAAAUCUUAUUUCGGACAAAAAAGUAAACAAGAGUCCGCAAUGGACGUCGACGAUAACAUACUGUCUGAGGUAUCGCCUGACGUCAAAAAGAAAUUAACCAGAAAAAUAACAUAUUACUUCUCUAAAAAACCUAUUUAAUGUAUUUAUUUCAAUGGAAUAGCAAGAAUCGUUGUUAAUGUAUUUUUCUGUAAUAAAAACUUCUUUACCAAUGGUAUUUAUUUGUCCAUGCAUGUAA